AACAAAAUAUACGAAUUCAUAAUUGAUAAGAAUGUACGCAAUAUCCUCAAAGCAAUAGUAUAUGGAAUAGAUGAAAAACGACUUUAUAUGUAUAGACUACAGAGAGACUGUGUGGUUAUUUGUUUACCAGGGCACUGGAACAUAUACGUAGACACAUUGAGGAAUUUUACGAGUUCUUCGAUUUUCUUUGUCAGAACUUUUGACGCACUGGGUCCAUCUUGGAAGACGUCGACACGUACACACAAUCCUUUGAUGACAAUGGCGUCUGGUGACGAGGGUAGGAUCGGCUUUGUUCGAGGUACGCAAGAGUGGUCCAGGAAUUGGGACGCACCGGACUGGGAGAGGAUAAAUAGGAGGAGAGAUGUUCAGGCUAAUCAUAAACAGACCAAGAGUCUACCAAGAGAAGUUAGGCAGAGAUAGAAGACAACUGACUGAGAGCGAAGGAAAUCGACAAACAAGACGCGAGAAACUUCAACUCAGAAAAGAAAACGGCAUCAAAAGCUUGAACAUACUUCAAGAAAUCAACUACUCAACGUAUUAUAAGUCUACCAACCUAGUGCUUCUACCCAUCUCUAUAACUCAUCAAGAUGAAACUCUUACUUUUACUGACUGUCUUCGCUGUUAUAGCGCAAGGCAUCUUUGCUGCUCCAACAGGUCUGCAGAAGAAAGAACCAGAGGAGAAACCCCCUCCAAAGAAACCCCCUCCAAAGAAGCCCGAUUCAGGACCAAUGACCAAGAAACCCUUAGCAGCAUCACACCAGGAGCCUAAGGAUGAGGAGCCGACUCCUGGAGCCUUCGAAGGAGACAUGAUGUUAACAGAAGAUCAGCUGAAAAAAGUUAAAGAGGCCAUCGAUGAUCUGAAGACUGGUCGUAAGAAGAGAAAAGCUGACAUCAAUGAGAAUGCUCGUUGGACCUUCAACAUCGUUCCUUAUGAAAUCACACCAUCUUCAAGUGAUGAUGCUCAGGUGAUUCGUGCAGCCAUGGACCACUGGGAGCAGUCUACCUGUCUGAGAUUCGAACCACGAACUUCAUCACAUGCUAGUCAGCUAAAUCAUAACACCUAUCUUUCUUUCAUCAAGGGUGAUGGUUGCUGGUCCUAUGUAGGAAGGGCCGCCAAUGGUGAACAACAGAUCUCCAUCGGUUCAGGGUGUGAAUACCUCGGUAUUGUUGCUCAUGAGAUCGGACACGCCAUCGGGUUCCAUCACGAGCAGUCUCGACCAGACAGAGACGAAUACAUCAAUGUCCACUUUGAAAACAUCGAAUCCGGCUACGAACACAACUUCGAAAAGUAUGACUGGAACGAAGUCACGACACGCAACGUCGACUACGAUGUAGGCUCCGUCAUGCACUACGGAUCACAUGGAUUCUCAGUGAACAAUCAACCAACUAUCACCACCAUUGAUCCUCUUCAAAUGCAUCUCCUUGGUAACCGAGAGGGUCUUAGUACUGCCGACAUCACACUAGCCAACCUCAUCUACGAGUGCGACAAUGAAUGUUCGACCACGGAACAAUGUCAGAAUGGUGGAUACCAUAAUAUCGACUGUAACUGCGUGUGUCCUCCAGGUUACAGCGGUGACUUGUGUCAGGAUGUUAGUGGACCUACCACCACACCACCAUGUAUCCAAAGAUUGACUGAUACACAGGGAGAGAUUACGUCACCAAACUACCCCAGUAACUAUGACAACGAUCAGGAAUGCAUGUACCUCAUUGAGGGAUCUCCAGGAAGCUCGAUCGAGCUGACAUUCGUAGACAUGGCCAUCGAAAACGAGAAUGACUGUGGCUUCGAUGCCGUCGAGGUACGCACAGACGACAUCAGCAGUAUCGGAGAGAAGUUCUGUGGUAACACAAUACCACCUGUCCAGAUCUCUAGUAGCAACCAGAUGUUGAUUUCUUUCACAUCUGAUUACAGCGUCACUGGGCGUGGUUUCAGAGCUACUUACGUCAUCCAGGGUGGUUCUGCAACUGAGAUACCAACUACUACUCCUCCAACUACCAAUCCUUCAGUCAUCGGGACAUGUGGAGGAAACUUUUUUGAGAACCAGGGUUCAUUAGCAUCACCAAACUACCCAAGUAACUAUGACAACGAUCAAGAUUGCAUGUACCUUAUUGAGGGUGCUCCAGGAAGCUCGAUCGAGCUCACAUUCGUAGACAUGGACAUCGAACGCAACAGUCUCUGUAGCUACGAUGCCGUCGAGGUACACGAAUACGACAUCAGCAGUAUCGGAGAGAAGUUCUGUGGUAACACCUUACCUCCUGUCCAGAUCUCUAGUAGCAACCAGAUGUUGAUUUCUUUCACAUCUGAUUACAGCGUCACUGGGCGUGGUUUCAGAGCUACUUACGUCAUCCAGGGUGGUUCUACCACUGAUAUACCAACUACCACUCCUCCAACUACCACUCCUCCAACUACCACUCCUCCAACUACCACUCCUCCAACUACCACUCCUCCAACUACUACUCCUCCAACUACCACUCCUCCAACUACCACUCCUCCAACUACCAAUCCUCCAACUACCAAUCCUCCAGUCAUCGGGACAUGUGGAGGAAACUUUGUUGAGAACCAGGGUUCAUUAGCAUCACCAAACUAUCCAAACAAUUACGAUGAUAACCUACAAUGUGUCUACGUGAUCGAAGUGGAGGCUGAUCGUCGAGUUGAAUUGACAUUCACAGACUUCUCACUGGAGAAGCAGAGUGAGUGUAGUUGGGACACACUGGACAUCGAUCUCGGAGAUGGUGUCGAAGUUCCUAUGAAGAUGUGUGGAAAUGAGUAUCCAGCCACUUCUUUGGUGUCAAUCGGUAACAGGAUGGAACUAACUCUGAAAACUGAUCGGUCUGUUAAUGAUAGAGGCUUCAGAGCAGACUACCGUGCAAUCGAUCUGUAAGACUAGUUAUUGUCUUUUUAUCAAAAUGAAUUUUCAUGUAGUCUAAGGCCACUGGGUUUCGCAACUAAUAUGAAUAAACUGGGAAACAGCAUUUCUCUCUCUGGUUUAAGGUGGCAAAAUUAUGUCAUGAUCUUAUAAGUAAAAUGCGUCAAUACUAGUACUAGUUAGGGGAUGUCAUUUGUUUACGACAGUUUUUUGUGGUUGUAUGCUAAUGUUCCUUUAUAAUGCAAUAUUGUACCAUAACAAUACAGCAAUCAUAUAUUUUAAUGCCAAAUUGCCACGAUAAAAUAUAAAUUUAAUGAAACCGUCAGGAACGGCCAGACAAGAAUGAAAACAAAUGAUUAUGUAGAAGUCUGGUCAGAGACAGAAGGGCGUUAACUUUCGUGUAUUAAAUUAAAGAUAUAUAUAUAUAUAUUUAUAUGUUUUGUCUGAGACGGCUGGUAAAAACAAUGUAAUGUCGGAAUAUCACAAAAAUGUCGUAAAAUUCAUGCAUUUUUAAUUGCAUUUGCGUUUUUAUCUAACUAUUGUGUCGAUAUAAUGAUGGACGCUUAUCCACGUUAAAUUGAAUAUGUUUAUAUUUUGUUAAAUGUUGUG